AUGGCCGACCUCGACUCUCUCAAGCGGGUACUGAAACAGAAAGCGACCGCAACGGCAUCAUUGUCGAAGCAGUCGUUGUCGGACACACAGUACAGCGAUGGUUUCGAUAACUUCGUGCGAGGCUCAGGUUGGGCCAUCUAUCGAGACUUUAUUAUUCCCCAAAUGACUGAGGUAUUGAACACCAUCUUCAACUCGCACGCUCUUAUCUCAGUGCUAGAAAUCGGCCCCGGACCGAAGAGUAUACUCGGAUAUCUUCCCAGCCAUCUGAGACAAAAAAUCAAGAGAUAUACCGCAUUUGAACCCAACGUCCUUUUCGCCACGAAGAUGGAGAAAUGGCUUCGUCCUAACCUGCGAGCGGAAUGGCCGUUCCCUUGUCUGGAAAACUCUCCCAAUAUCCAUCGAGUGCCAUUUAUCCUGCACAGCGACAGGAAGAUGGAUGCAGCUGGUGACACUCAUGACAAUGACGAGAAAUACGACGUGAUCCUAUUCUGUCACAGCAUGUAUGGCCUAAAGCCCAAAGCCAAAUUCAUCGAACAAGCUCUAGAAAUGCUUGUCGAACAGCCCGAGGGUGUGGUAACAGUUUUCCAUCGCGAUGGGCACUUGGACUUUGAUAGAUUGGUAUGCCAUCGAACAGCUACCUUUCCAACCGGGGAGAUUUGCGUUCCGGAUGACGACCAUGCACUGGAUAGCUUUGCUUCUUUCGUUGCAGGAUUUGAAUUGCAAGACACAGAAGUCGACAAAGCUACCCGAGGCGAAUGGCGUAGAGCGUCCCGUGCACUCAGUCGACAAACGGAAGCUCGGCCAAACCGUAUCUUCUUCAGUGCGCCCAACGCGAUGGUGGUUUUUACCAAACAUUCGACUGCUGUAUCCGAGCUGACAGCUCAGGUGCCAGUCCUGGAGGGAGGCAUAUCAGUUAAAAACUGGGAGGCUCGCCUUCAUCGCCCUGCGUCAAUUGUUAAGCCGACAGAGAUUCGACAGAUCCAGUAUUGCGUUCAAUGGGCUAUUAAGUAUAAGACUGGCCUCACCAUCGUCGGUGGUGGUCACAGCGGUCACUGCUUAUGGCCAAAUAUCGUUGCGAUUGAUAUGGGUGCUUUUGACAGAAUACACAUUUGUCAGGGUCGGGAUGGGGUGGAACGAUCCAGUCUUGAUCGUCUUCCCUUGAUCGUCGCUGAAGCCGGCUGCAAGGCAGGGGAUAUUGUUCGUAAAACCAUGGCAGCCGGCCUGACAGUGCCAUUGGGUGCUCGGCCAAGCGUGGGCGCGGGGCUGUGGUUACAAGGCGGCAUCGGGCAUUUGUCUAGGCUGUACGGGCUGGCGUGCGAUGCCAUCGUCGGUGCUGUGGUUGUCAGUGUCGAAUCUAGUCAGGUUCUCUGCAUCGGCGAUGUGCCAAGUCAACACUGGCCAAUCGGUGCUGUCCGCCCAAGAAACGAAGCGGAUCUCCUAUGGGCGUUGCGCGGUGCUGGAACCAAUAUUGGCAUAAUAAUCAGCGUGACCUUCAAGGCUUUUGCCGCUCCUACGUACUCGGUUCGAAAUUGGGUUGUUCCACUGAGGGACGGCCAGGAUGCGAGGCUCAAGAUCAGCCACUUCGAGGAGACCUUUGCAAAGAAACUGCCCCGAAAUUGUUCUGCAGAUGCAUAUUUAUACUGGGAAGCCGGCCAGAUGCACCUUGGGGUAAAUAUGUUCCAAGUCUCCACGCGGGGGUGCAACUCGCAGCCCUGUGCACCCUUACCCUUAGCUGUGGGCGACCCACUGAGAACGGGAGAUAAUUUGAAGUCUAUGAACGGUGUGGAUGUGUUCGACGCCGAGCUGUACAUGUCUGGAAUGCAUGGCGGACACGGCGGCAACAAAACUUCUUCGUUCAAGCGAUGUUUGUUUCUAAAAAGUAUUGGCGAGCAAAAACUCACUCGAAAGUUGGUAGAGGCCAUUGCAACUAGGCCAUCACCACUCUGUUACCUCCAUCUGCUUCAGGGUGGGGGAGCAGUCGGCGAUGUGGAAAGUAACGCCACUGCCUUCGGUUGUCGGGACUGGGAGUAUGCCUGUGUUGUGACUGGCGUGUGGCCCCGAGAUCAUGAUGGUAAUGAGAUGGCUCGAGAGGUCGUGCGGUGGGUAUACCGCGUCGCUGAGGACUUGUUGCCCUCGAGCUGUGGGGUUUAUAGUGCAGAUUUGGGACCGGAUCCAAGAGAUGGGCCACUAUCUGUUCACGCUUUUGGGCCAAAUCGGCAUCGCCUAGCCCACCUGAAGCGCACGGCGGACCCGUCUGAUGUGCUCAAGUACACUUGCCCAUUGCCAAAAGCAUCGACAGCACAGAAGCUAAUCAUUCUGGUCACUGGUGAAAGCUGCGCUGGGAAGGAUUACUGCGCCGACAUUUGGGCCUCCGUGUUUAUCGCGAACACUCAAAACCGCCUUGCGGCGCGCGCAAUCAGCAUUAGCGAUGCGACCAAGCGAGAGUAUUCGGCAGCUACUGGUGCGAGCUUGAAGCGUCUACUUCAGGAUCGUGCAUACAAAGCGCAGCAUCGAUCAGCCUUGACAGACUUUUUCCAGAAUCAGGUCCAGCGACAACCACUCCUUCCAGAAAAGCACUUCUUGGAUGUGGUGCACGAUGCCGCAGAUGCCAAUGUGAUACUGAUCACAGGGAUGAGGGAUGAGGCUCCGGUUGCCACCUUGUCGCGUUUGGUGCCUGCUAGUCGACUGAUCGAAGUCCGUAUCAAAGCCACUGACACGGCUCGGGAGCUUCGCGGAGAGAGUACCGUGAAAGACAGCAGCAAAGACCGUUCAACUCUGACAGCCCUGAACCACCACCCCAGCUUCAUUUUUGACAAUGACACCACGGGGGACGAGGCAGCAAUUAGGUUUGCCGAGAACUACCUGCUUCCGUUCUUUCACGAAGAUCUCCAGCGACUCUCCAGAAUGGUGAAUCUGGUGCCCAACUUUCCACGCCCGAACAUCGAGUUUCGCCACGUGCUCAACAUCGCCCAGCAACCAGAUGGGCUGGCCCUGUGCACAUCUUUGAUGCAGUCUCACUUCACCGGUGACUGGGCCAACGUUGAUGCGAUAGUGUGUUGCGAGGCCGGCGGCUUCGUCUAUGCCUCAGCACUCGGCUUGCGGGUUGGAGUACCAUUGGCACUGAUCCGUGAAGCGGGAAAACUGCCCCCACCCACCAUUUCUUAUCCCAGAUUGAGAUGGGCUUGA